AACCCUUAACCAUGAUGGAUCAGAAGAAGGAGAAGAAGGUGGUAGAAGAGGUAGCUUGCUGGCUCAAGCUCUUUGAAGAUGGUUCGGUCGACCGCACCUGGUCCGGACCACCUGAGGCUGAGUUCAUGGCAAAACCCGUGCCACCACAUGAAGAAUUCAUCAAUGGUGUUGCCAUUCGUGACAUUACAAUCGGAGCAAAAUCUGGUCUCGGUGUUCGUCUUUACAUGCCAGAAAGAAACCCCAACGACGAGGAGAAACUUCCCAUCUUUGUCCAUUUCCAUGGUGGUGGGUUUUGUAUAAGUGAACCGGAGUGGUUCAUGUACUAUCAUGUGUACACAAGGCUGGUUCACUCUGCUCGAGCCAUUUGUGUCUCUGUAAAGCUCCGGCUUGCACCCGAGCACCGGCUCCCUGCAGCUUGUGAAGAUGGUCAGUCUGUCCUCCUAUGGCUUCAAGCCGUGGCUCUAGGAAAAUUGAAUGAGUCAUGGCUGAAAGCCAACGGAGAUUUCGAACGUGUCUUCCUCAUUGGGGAUAGUUCAGGAGGAAAUCUGGUCCAUGAGGUGUCUGUUCGGGCCGGGUUUGAUAAUUUGAAGCCGAUUCAAUUAGCAGGGGGUAUAUUGAUUAACCCCGGUUUUGUCCGAGUUGAACGUAGCAAGUCGGAGUUGGAUAAAAAAUCCGACUCGCCCUUCCUAACACUGGAGAUGGUUGAUAAAUUUUUGGGCUUGGCACUGCCUAUUGGCUCCAAGAAGGAUCAUCCAAUCACCUGUCCCAUGGGACCGGCGGCACCACCUCUGGCCGGGCUGAAGCUGCCGCCGUUCUUGGUGGCGAUCGCCGAGAAUGACUUGAUUUUGAACACAGAGAUGGAUUACUGUGAAGCAAUGAAGAAGGCUGGGAAGGAUGUAGAGGUGCUGGUUAACGUCGGAGUCGGUCACUCCUUCUACCUCAACAAGAUCGCCGUCGACACGGACCCUCAAACAGUUUUGGAGACCAACCGGCUUAUCACAGAAAUCGCCAACUUCAUCAAAAAACAUUGAUGAUGUUUUAUAAUU